AUGCCGGGCAAGACGGUCGUCACCAUCAACAGCUCCGGCCGCCAAUCGGCAAGUUUCAUUCGCGUCGCGUCAGCCGUGGGAUGGCACGUCCGGGCGCAGUCACGGGACAAAGUAGGCAUCGUCGCCGAAGAGCUCUCGAACCUGCCCAAUGUCGACUUCCGGGUUGGAUCUCUGCAAGACAAGGCCUUCGUCGCCGACCUCUUCAACGGCGCGCAGCUGGCCUUCAUCAACACCACCCACUGGGGCGAUGAAGUUGCAAUCGGCCGGUCCAUGGCCGACGCGGCGAAGAAGGCCCGCGUCCAGCACCUGAUCUAUAGCAGCAUGCCCGAUCAUUCAAUCUAUGGAAAGGGUUGGCGAGCACUACCGCUGUGGGCCCAGAAGUUCACCAUUGAGAACUACAUCCGCCAGAUUGGUCUCCCUGCAACCUUCAUAUAUUGCGGUAUCUACCACAACAACUUCACCAGCUUGGCCUACCCCUUGUUCAGAAUGGAGCUUCAGCCGGACAGAAGCUUCAUCUGGCAGGCACCCUUCCACCCGAAUGACAAGUUGCCGUGGCUAGACGCAGAGCAUGACGUCGGUCCGGCGGUUCUGCAGAUCUUCAAAGAAGGCCCAAGGAAAUGGUCAGGGCAUCGGAUUCCACUCGCGUUCGAGCACCUCACGCCUCGCGAAGUCUGCCAAGCUUUUUCUCGCGCUCUCCAUCGUCCGGUAACCUAUGUCCGCGGUCCUAUAUGCAUCGACGUGCCCGUACCUACCGGAUACCGCGAGCACCUCGAGGCGCUAGAGCAGACACUUGGACAAAUGCGCGCGCCAUACUUCGGGCCAGAUUUGGAGGAAAACUGUACCGCAGAGGCGUGGAAGCUUUGGGAAGGCCCGCGGAGCAUAGAAGAAUACGCCGGCGAAGCGUUCAUAAUUGAAGAGUCUGCCAACGGGCUGACAUGGAUGGACGGAGAGGAAACGCUGGCGGAGACGCCUGUGGAGACACCCGCGGGUACGCCGCAAAAGGAGGCUGAGAUGAACUUCGGAGGAAGCUGCUGA